AUGGCAAUGAUGUCUGAAUUUUGGUGGAGGAAUGGACAGGAGACGAGGGGUAUGCAUUGGAAGAGCUGGGAGAGUUUAUGUCGACCAAAAGCAAGUGGGGGUUUGGGUUUUAAGGACUUGGAGGCUUACAAUCUAGCACUACUUGGGAAGCAGCUGUGGAGAAUGAUUAAAAACCCGAGGUCCCUAAUGUGCAGAGUGUUUAAGAGUCGAUACUUCAGGAACACAGACCCUCUCAAUGCCUCUUUAGGUUCCAGGCCCUCGUACGCUUGGAGAAGCAUACAUGCAGCGCAUAAAUUGAUUCAACAUGGAGCAAGGGUGGUCAUUGGUAAUGGAAGAGAUACAAAGAUCUGGCAGGAGAGAUGGAUAGGAGCAGCUCCAGCCACAAUGAUCAAGUCAGUGAGACGAUCUGAAGGUAAUGAGAGGAUCAGUCUGGCUGAUGAUAUGAGGGUUAGUGCUCUAAUUAGGGUAAACGGAAAGGAGUGGAACCUGGAUCUGAUAGAGAGACUCUUCACAACGGAGGUACAAGAGCAAAUUCUGAAAAUCAGGCCAGCUGGGAAUUAUAGUAGAGAUACCUACUCAUGGGAGUUUACCAAGACGGGGCACUACACUGUUAAAUCAGGUUAUUGGGUCCAGACCAACAUCGUUGCGCCGGAUAAAGAAGUCCAGGAAGUCAUUCAACCGAGAUUAGAUGGUAUUUAUCAACAAAUUUGGGGGUUGGAGACGAGUCCAAAGAUCAAGCAUUUUCUAUGGAAAUGCUUAAGCAAUGCGCUGCCGGUCUUGAAUCUAAAAAAAGAGUUCCCUAGAGAGGAUGUUGAGGAAGGGUUAGUACCAUGGCUGUUGUGGAGAUUAUGGAAAAAUAGAAAUGAGUUCAACUUCAGAGGGAAAGACUAUGAUGCUCGCACAACAGUUAAGAAAGUCUGGGAGGAUGUCAUGGAAUGGAAGAGCAGAAAUGAGGUCCAACAUGAGGAGGUUAAACAACCCGCAGCAGAUACGCCUGAAGUGAAGUGGUCACCACCUGAUUCCAUGACACUGAAAUGUAACACAGAUGGUGCGUGGUCAAAGGAAACAGGAGAGGGUGGUGUUGGCUGGUUAUUGAGAAAUCAUCAAGGGCUGCUGCUGUGGGCAGGGGCGAAGAAGAUGGUGGCUCUGAGGUCAGCGAUAGAAUCUGAAGCAGAAGCAAUUAGAUGGGCAGUACAGACGGUUGCUGGGUUUGGAUAUAGAAGAGUUCUUGUUGAAACAGAUUCACAAAUGUUGGCAAGAAUGCUCAACGCAGAGGAGGAAAUAUGGCCGGUACUUGCUCCCAUCAUACAAGAUAUCUCGACCUCAUUGAACGCAAAUGAAGGUUUCAAAGUGCAGUAUCAUCCGAGGAGUGGUAAUAAGUCAGCAAAUAGGAUAGCGAAGGAGACUUCUACGUUUACGUCCAUUGUCCCUAAGUUAUAUUCUAUGGUGCCUAUGUGGUUGAAUUCAUGUGUUUUGAGGCUGAUAAGCCCAAUGUAA